CUCUUUGCCUUGAUUUCGUCCUCUUCUCUCUCUCUCACUCUCUCUCUCUCCUUCCCCCCCACCCCCCCCAAUUCUCCCAACUCCAUCUCAUUCUUAAUUUAACCCUUGGAUUCUUCAUCCAAGGGUUUGUUGCAUCAGUUUCCAAGUUCCAGAGCUUGCAAAAUGACCAAUCAGAAUGUGGUUGUUUCCGACGCCAAAUCCGGCAUUGGCAAGGCGGUAACCGUCCCUGCUUCACCGCUUUUUCCGGAGGCGCUGCCUGAGGAGCCCGCUUCUCCGGCCGUCUCCGAAAGAAAGCUCGCCAGUUCCUGGGUUGAUUCAAUGAGAGACUCUUCUCCAACUCGCAAUCGUAAGCCCCAACCCGAAGAUCAAACCAAAGCCUCUUGGAUUCUUCGUCAUCCUUCUGCUCUGGGCCAGUUCGAGCAGAUCAUAAAUGCUUUCGAGGGGAAGCAAAUAGUGAUGUUUCUUGAUUACGAUGGCACCCUCUCCCCAAUUGUCGAAGACCCUGAUCGAGCCUUCAUGACCAAUGAGAUGAGACAAGCUGUGAGAGACGUAGCCAAGUAUUUUCCCACCGCUAUAGUGAGCGGAAGGUGCAGAGCUAAGGUUUACAACUUUGUGAGAUUAUCGCAGCUUUACUAUGCGGGAAGCCAUGGAAUGGACAUUAAAGGACCGGGUAAAGGUGGCAAGAGCAGAAAAGUGAGUUCUGGGAAUGAAGGGCUUCUGUGCCAACCAGCUAGAGAUUUCUAUCCCAUGAUUGACAAGGCGUACAAAGCCCUGACGGAGAAAACCAAAUCCAUUUCAGGGGCUAAGGUGGAGAACAACAAGUAUUGCGUAUCUGUACACUAUCGAUGUGUUAACGAAAAGAGCUGGAGUGCAUUAGCAGAGCAAGUUAGAUCAGUGCUCAAUGAAUACCCAAAUCUCAGGCUCACUCAAGGCAGAAAGGUACUAGAGGUCCGUCCGACCAUCAAAUGGGACAAGGGAAAGGCCCUUGAGUUCUUGUUGGAAGCACUAGGUUAUGCAAAUUCUGACAAAGUUUUACCUAUUUAUAUCGGAGACGAUCAAACUGACGAGGAUGCAUUUAAGGUAUUGCGUGAUAGAGGCCAAGGGAUUGGGAUUCUGGUGACCAAGGAUCCAAAGGAAACUAAUGCUUCUUAUUUCUUGCAAGAACCAUCGGAGGUUAUGUGUUUUCUCCGACGUUUGGUGGAAUGGAAACAAUCUUUAGGAGGACGUGAAAGUCACCUGUCAGGGACAAAGAUUGAAGCGAUGAUGAAUGAUGAUCCGUUGUGUGAAUUCACAAGCCAUGGAAAUUAAUUUGGGCCAACAUGGAUUUUACAUUAUUAUUAUUAUGGAGCCCUUCAUGUUCAAAAGUAAAUUUCGGGCAAAGAAAAAAUGGAGAUUUGCCCAAAAUGUAGGGGUAGAAUAUAUAGAUCUUAACAAAGAAUUUGGAGGUGGUUGGGGGGCGCGGCGUAGGUUUUGGAGAAAUUGUAUGCUUUGCGCACCUCAUAAGGCAAGAGGAAAUUUUCCAUCUCCAAGUAACAAAAAUUAUAUCAUCUUGGUAAUGUUUGGUAUUCAACCAACGCAUGAUUAGUCAUAUUGUAGAUUGGUAAAAAGAUGUUUUUUUUCUUUUUCCUUUUGAGUAGAUAAAAGUAUUUUUUUGUUCUACACCUCU